AUGACGCAGUUUCCAGUGCUAGCCUCAAAAGGCCUGGUUGAUGCAGUUGGCAAAACUCCUCUCAUAAAGCUAAAUACCCUAUCUAAGGAGCUCGGUAGAAACAUAUUUGGAAAGGCUGAGUUCCAAAACCCUGGUGGGUCUGUAAAGGACCGCGCGGCUCUUUACUUGAUCGAGCAGGCAGAAAAGUCAGGGCAAAUCGACCCAUCGAGGCCGGCUACUAUUGUCGAGGGUUCCGCCGGCAACACGGCUAUCGGCUUGGCGCAUAUCGCACGCUCGAAAGGUUACAAGUCUAUCUUCUACAUGCCUAAUACGCAGUCAGUUUCAAAAAUCAACCUUUUGAAAUAUCUAGGUGCUGAAGUGUACCCAGUUCCCGUUUGUCCUAUCUCGGAUCCUAUGAACUUUAACAACCGUGCUCGCGACCACGCCAAACGUCUUGACAAUGCUAUAUGGACGGAUCAGUUUGACAACCCUGCAAACUGGAAGUCCCACUAUGCAACAACCGGCCCAGAAAUUCUUCAACAAUUGCAGUCAGCAGGCCUUUCCUGUGACGCAUUCACAUGCUCCACAGGAACAGGAGGAACAUUCACUGGCGUUGCAAAAUACUUGAAAGAAGCUACCAACGGCCAGUCUAAGCUUGUGGUCGCUGACCCCCCAGGGUCUGUGAUUUAUUCCUACAUCAAGACUGGUGAAAUGAAUCGCGAAGGUUCUUCCUUUACCGAGGGAAUCGGACAAGGGCGCAUUACAAAGAACCUGCGGGAGUCCAUAGAUAUCACUGAUGAUGCUGUGUUUGUUCCUGACGAAGAAAGCAUUGUAAUGCUUUUCAGACUCUUGGACGAAGAAGGUCUCUUCAUAGGAGGGACUACUGCUUUGAACGUUGUGGCGGCUUGCAAAGUGGCUAAAACUCUGCCCGAAGGUAGCAACAUAUCGACUAUCCUGUGUGAUAGCGGGCACAAAUAUGCAGACAGAGUUUUUUCCAAGAAAUGGCUUCGUGAAAAGAAGCUCUACGAUGCCAUUCCAGAUUCUCUCAAAAGGUAUGCCAUUCUGGACUAG